AUGAGUGACCGAACGGACAUCGAGAAGCUGCAAGAAAUGGUGAAGCUGCUAAUGGACGAGAGAGAUGCGGAGAGGGCAGCCCGCGAGGCUUUGGAAAAGAAGAACAGGGAAAUACAACCCGUGAUGAACAUGUUCAAUCAUGGGAAUAUGAUUACUUUUCCCGAAGGACCUCGUAUUGAUGCUAAGAAUUUCGAGUUACGCAUGCCCCUUAUCCAAAGGGUCGAGCAAACUCCUUUUGCAAGUAGGGCCACAGAGGAUGCCAGCCGCCAUCUCGCUAAAUUUGUGGAGAUCUCAAACACUCUCAAGUUAAACGGUGUCGAUGACGAUGCCAUAACGGUAAGACUUUUCCCCUUUUCGUUAACUGAUUCUGCUAAAGAGUGGUUUGAAUGCAUGCCCGUAGAAAAGGUCUCCACAUGGAAAGACAUUGUAGCUGCUUUCCUCGACAAGUACUAUCCGACAGACACAAUCUUGAAGCUCAAAAGCGAGAUCUUCCAGUUCAUCCAAGGCCAUGACGAGCCCCUCUACGAGGCGUUUGCUCGAAUCCUCUAUAAUGGAUUUAACGAGAAGAUUUGUGCUAUGCUUGAUACAGGCGCAAAUGGAGGAUUCCUAAUGAAGUCGGGUGAAGAAGCCAUGGCGGUAAUAGAGGAAUUCGCCACCAACAGCAGGGGGUGGUCGAAAGAAAGGCAUAGCAUGAAGAGGAUAGCUGCAAUUGAGGAGGCCGAGGAAAGUUCUUUUGCGAAGGAAUUGGCCGAGCUUAGAGUUAGGGUGGACCAAAUGGACACAUCAAGGAAAGAGGAUCCGAUUCCACCAACCUCCAUCAUAGCGGUCUCUAAACCCGAAGCUCCUGCCCCGAUAGUGGAGGAAAUCAACUACAUGCAAGGAGGCGGUUCCAACAGAAAUUACAACAACAAUUAUCGCCCUAAUCAAGGGGGCGGUAAUUUCAAUAAUUAUAAUGAAAACCGACCUCACCCUAAUCUCUCCUAUUCUAACAAUAAAUACUUGCAACCCCCCGCAGGAUUUAUCGUUAGCAAGGGAGGAGUAGUUGAGCCAACAAAGAAGGAGGAAAAGUAUGACCAAGGGAUCACAAGGAUCUUGGAAGUAAUCACACAAGACAGGAAGGUUAAUGACACCAAGAUCGGAGUGGUUGAAGCUAGAAUAAACAACCUCGAGCAAGGAAUGAACACGAUCUCAACUGCCAUAACCAACAUCAACACUCAAAUGGAGCAAAUCCAAAAGUUAGAUGAGGACAGGGCAAAGGCAGCCGCACAAGUGGAUGACAUCAACAAGAAGUGGGUGGCAAAGCAGAAAACUGGGACUGCCCAGUCGCCGACGGACCGCCGCAACCACCGCAGCGGGCCGCCGCUGAAGUACCGAAUUGGAGUCUGCCCAGCCGCCGGCGGACCGCCGCACACCCCGCGGCGGGCCGCCACAGACAAGGCAGAAGCACCCACUCAGCAAGGACUCGUGCGGCACAAUGGGAUUGUGCUACCUUUCCAACCAAAGAGGAAGUUUAAGCUCGAAGAGCAGUUCAAACAUUUUUUGAACAUGUUUUGUAAGGUUCAUACUAAUAUUCCUCUAGUUGAAUCGUUGCAGAAAAUACCUAAAUAUGCGAAGCUACUAAGGGAGGCGGUGAUGAGGAAGAAAAAGCCAACAAAAGCAGACCUAAAGCUGCCGCAUCAUUGCAGCGAGAUCAUCCAAAAGGAAAAGACAGUAAAGCAGAGGGAUCCGAGCCAUUCAUUAUCAAAUGCCGGAUUGUAG